CAUCACACCAUGCCGUUUGAUGGAUGGGCUACUAGAACAAAGUGGAACGAUGCACCGUCGACUGGUACUCCUCCACCUUAUCUCCUGGUUUUUCUUUUAAUUAUCAAGUAUCUUUGAGCCAGAUUCUUGCGCUUGCCAUUCAUCACCACAACGCAAACAUACUAGAAGACCAAGAUCUCCCAAACAGACCGCCCCAUGUCCUGACGCGACUACCUUCUCCCAAAAGCAAUCGACCAAUCUAGCCCCAGGUAUACACCGUGAUGAACAAUGUCAGAAUACAAGAUGUCCUAUGAGGCGGAGCUGGACUCCUACCAACUCUACCACCGCUACGAACAGCCUCGCCGACCCCAACCGCAGGAUCAAGACUGGAAGCAGGCGGCGCUGCGGGGCCCCGCUCUGCCGGCGCUGGGCAACGCCCUGGCCGGCGCCAUCGGCGCGGCCCUGAGCAAUGUGGCGACGUAUCCGCUGAGUCUGAUCGUCGCGCGGCUGCAGACGCAGCAGACGAAACGCCCAAACCAGCAAGACCAAGAAAAUGGGAAGAAGGCGAAGUCGAAAGACCUAAAUGCUGGAGACGAUGAUGAUGAUGGUGGCUACGCCGGUGUCCUCGACGCCGCCCGCAAGAUCUACGCGCAGGAAGGGGGACUGGGGAGCUUCUAUACGGGUCUCGCGCAGGAUACCGCCAAGUCGGUGUUCGACUCGUUUUUGUUCUUCCUGGCGUAUGAGUUUUUGCGGCAGCGGAGGAUACGGGCUCGAUUUGGUGGUGGUCGUGGCGGCGCGCGGAGGAAGAGUACCGUCUUGCCGGUGUUGGAUGAGUUGGUGAUCGGGGUGGUGGCGGGGGCGUUUGCGAAGCUGUUCACGACGCCGUUGGCGAAUAUUGUGGCGAGGAAGCAGACUGCUGGUAAGAAAGGGUCGGUGGGAAGCAGUACGAGGGAGAUUGCGGCGCGGAUUCGCGCCGAGAAGGGGCUGCGCGGGUUCUGGUCCGGGUAUUCGGCCUCGCUGAUCUUGACGCUCAACCCGUCGUUGACGUUCUUCUUGAAUGAGGUGCUGAAGUAUGCGCUGCUGUCGCGGCGGCGGCGGCGGCGGGAUCCGACGCAGAAUUCAAGGUCCCUCUCGCCGGCGGUCACGUUCUUGCUGGCGGCGCUGAGCAAGUCGGCGGCCUCGGCGGUGACGUAUCCGUUCUCCAAGGCUAAGACCCGUGCGCAGGUCAUGGGCGAUGACUCUUCGUUGUCGUCGUCGGCGCAAAAAGCGUCGGGUGGGGAGCAGGCGAAGGAGAACGGCAACGCGGAGACGGACGAGGGGAUCUCGUUCACGCCGGCCAUCGUCAGCAAUGUCAUCAACAUUGCUCGCUCGGAAGGCGUCGCGGGCCUGUACGCGGGUCUACCGGCGGAGGUCCUCAAGGGCUUCUUCUCGCAUGGUUUCACCAUGCUGGCCAAGGACGCGGUGUACUCGGCCAUCGUGCAGAGCUAUUACCUGCUGCUGAUCGCGCUGCGCAAGUACCCGAGCCCCGAGGAGCUGAUCCAACGCGCCCGCGAACAGGCCGAGGAGUAUGCGGACGUCGCGCGGGAGGGGGCUCGCGACUUGGCCGAGAAGACCAAGCAGGGCGCGGAGGAGGUGAUGCACUCCCUGACCGCACAGGGGGAGCCCGAGGAGGCCAAUCUGCUGGGGAAUAACGAGACGGCGGAGAUGGUGGGUGACUAUGUCGAGGACGAUGGCACCCACAAGGAUCUGUAUCAUUGGUUCUGGGAGAAGGACCGGGAGGGGAAUUACUGAUGUUGGGUUUGGGGUUGGGUGGGGUUUCAAAGAGAUUGAGCGUUCAUCUACAUCUGUACUAAUUUUCCUGGAGCUGCAGUUUCGAUAUCAUUGACUUUGCAUACACUUCCUGUUUCUCGUCGAUUGCUCAAACUCCGGACUUUGCCUGCAAAGCCGGGGAGUCGGUAGUCUGCAGCAACAAAUCCCGGGCUGACUAUUGCCAGUAAGCACCCUGAAUGAUACCGAAGCGGCUUACAUCUCCCAAGUUCAAUCCCAAGGGCUGUAUGCGUAGUAGUUCCUAGUUCACGGAACACUGGUAUGGAAGGGUUCUUACAGCCCCCAAUCCACAAUAGUCCUCAACAAACAGUGCAUCCUGCAAACUAGUCUCGGCCUAUAUCUACACAUCACCUAGGAAGUUCCCAUCAAUAAGGUGUUUUCAGCCUCAGGCUUAUAUCCGAACACAGACCCAUCAGUGAGGUUUCUCCCUGGAAGCGCGAC